AUGUUUCGAGAUUGUUAAAGCAAAUUAAAGAGAGUAAUGGUUGAUUAUAUUGUAGUCACCCAAGAUGAAUUGUAUGAGGAAAUGAGUCAAUUGAAAACAAGAGUGUUGGGAUUAUUAAAAGAUUACCAAUCAUCCUUAUAAUAAAAGGAGAAUAUCAGACAAUUAAAUCAAUAAAUACGUAAGGAUGUAACAAACAUCAGCAAUGAUUAUAGUUAAAUUAUUGAAAAGAUGAACUAGAGUGUUGAUUGCACAUUUAUUUCGAUUGAGAGCAUCACACCAUUUUAAAAGAAUGAAAAAGAAAUGAAUAAAAUGUUCAAUUUGGUUGAAGAGUUUCUUGAGAAAUUUUAAGGGAAGAAAGCCAAUCAUAAUUUAUAUACUAGUUUCAUCUCAGAUAAAAUGGAACGCUCUGGAAUAUCUAUGGCAGACACCAGUAUUAUCGAUGUUAACUGUAGAAUAUCCAUAAUAAAGGAUUAAAUCGCUUCUAAUUUAUCUGAUAAAAAAUACAGUCAAUUGGUUCUGAUGGAGACUGUGGAUGCUUUGUAGGAAGCAUUGAAUUCUCAGAAAAUAGAAAAAAUCAGAUCGAUAAUCAAACGAAUAGAACAUUAUAUGGCUCAAUGUUAGCAUGAUGCUAGUGAUUUGUAUUAGAUGUUACAAAAGGCAGUGGAGUCAUGCAAAGAGAAGGAGACCGAAUUACAGAAUCAAUCGAUAGUUGAAGAUAAGGACACCAAAAGGAGGUUUUUUGAUUUAGCCUUAGAAAUAAAGAGUGAAUUACCAACCAACCAUCCUGGCAGAAAGGUAUUGGUUUCACUUCUGUUUGAAAAGGCCUAGAAUAUAGAUGAAUCUGAAUGGCAUGACUGGAUUCUUGAUUAAUUAAGUUAACAAAAUUGA